GAGCCCGCGGGUUCCCCGUGUCCACCGCCGCCACUUCCGGGCCGCCGUCCGGCAUGGAGCCGCGAGCUUGAGGUCCUGCCGGCCCCGGACCGCCCUGCCCAGCCGGGCCGCCGCCUCGACGACGCCGCUCCCUAAAACCGUCACCUGUCAAAGGUCCAUGUGCCACGCCUGCUGCAGACAUGGAGACUCACUGGACCCAGUAGAAGAAGGACCCCCCCACCCCACCCCGAGGUUGCUGAGUGGUUGAUGCGGAACACCAAGAGGCUGCGUCUGGGUCAGAACUCGGGAAGUUGGGGGAGCUUCUCGCUGAGCCCCCCCCAGGCCCAGGGCCGGCCGAGGAUGGCAGCGGGGGAGCCGGUUGUCACGGUGGGCACGGACGAGCCCACCACCCGCUUCCAGGUGCCCCGACACUCUUGGGAGGAGCUGCGGACCAUCAUCCACGGCAGCCGCAAGAACUCGGGCCUUAUCAUCAACAAGGCGCCCCAUGACUUCCAGUUUGUGCAGAAGACGGAUGAGGCGAGCCCCCACUCGCACCGCCUGUACUACCUGGGAAUGCUAUAUGGCAGUCGUGAGAACUCCCUCCUCUACUCCGAGAUCCCCCGGAAGGUGCGGAAGGAGCCCUUGCUCCUCCUGUCCUGGAAGCAGAUGCUGGAUCACUUCCAGGCAACACCCCAUCACGGGGUGUACUCCCGGGAGGAGGAGCUGCUUCGGGAGCGGAAGCGUCUGGGGGUCUUCGGCAUCACAUCCUACGAUUUCCACAGCGAGAGCGGCCUCUUCCUCUUCCAGGCCAGCAACAGCCUCUUCCACUGUCGGGACGGGGGCAAGAAUGGCUUCAUGGUAUCCCCCAUGAAGCCACUGGAAAUCAAGACCCAGUGCUCUGGGCCCCGCAUGGACCCCAAGAUCUGCCCUGCCGACCCCACCUUCUUCUCCUUCAUCAACCACAGUGACCUCUGGGUGGCCAACAUCGAGACAGGCGAGGAGCACAGGCUGACUUACUGCCACCAAGGCUUGUCCAACGUCCUGGACGACCCCAAGUCUGCGGGCGUGGCCACCUUCGUCAUCCAGGAGGAGUUUGACCGUUUCACCGGCUACUGGUGGUGCCCCACAGCCUCUUGCGAGGGCACGGAAGGCCACAAGACCUUGCGGAUCCUGUACGAGGAGGUAGACGAGUCGGAGGUGGAGGUCAUCCACGUGCCUUCCCCUGCCCUGGAGGAGCGGAAGACUGACUCAUACCGGUACCCACGCACAGGCAGCAAGAACCCCAAGAUUGCCUUGAAACUGGCCGAGUUUCAGACGGACAGUCAGGGCAAGGUGGUGUCCAGCCAAGAGAAGGAGCUGGUGCAACCUUUUAGCUCCCUCUUCCCACGGGUCGAGUACAUCGCCAGGGCCGGCUGGACCCGAGACGGCAAGUAUGCCUGGGCCAUGUUCCUGGACCGGCCCCAGCAGCGUCUGCAGCUGGUUCUCCUCCCACCUGCCCUGUUCAUCCCAGCCACAGGCAGUGACUCUGAACGGCGGGCCUGGGCCCAAGCCGUGCCCCGCACUGCACAGCCCUUCGUGGUCUACGAGGAGGUCACCGACGUGUGGAUCAAUGUGCACGACAUCUUCUACCCGUUCCUGCAGCGCGAAGGCAGUGAGCAGCUCUGUUUCCUGCGCACCAAUGAGUGCAAGACAGGCUUCUGCCACCUGUACAGGGUCACUGUGACAUUGGCACCUACCGGCUACGACUGGGCCGAGCCCCUGCACCCUGCGGAAGAUGAGUUUAAGUGCCCCAUCCAAGAGGAGGUGGCGCUGACCAGUGGCGAAUGGGAAGUACUGGCACGGCAGGGCUCCAAGAUCUGGGUGAACGAGGACACGAAACUCGUGUACUUCCACGGCACGAAGGACACGCCGCUGGAGCACCACCUCUACGUGGCCAGCUACGAAGCGCCCGGCGAGAUCGUGCGGCUGACCACGCCCGGCUUCUCCCACAGCUGCUCCAUGAGCCAGAACUUCGACAUGUUUGUCAGUCACUACAGCAGCGUGAGCUCGCCACCCUGCGUGCAUGUCUACAAGCUCAGUGGCCCCGACAGCGACCCCCUGCACAAGCAGCCCCGCUUCUGGGCCAGCAUGAUGGAGGCGGCCAGCUGCCCGCCAGAUUACGUACCCCCGGAAAUCUUCCACUUCCACACGCAGUCGGCCGUGCGCCUCUACGGCAUGGUCUACAAGCCACAUACCGUGCACCCUGGCAAGAAGCACCCUACCGUGCUCUUCGUCUAUGGGGGGCCCCAGGUGCAGCUGGUCAACAACUCGUUCAAGGGCAUCAAGUACCUGCGGCUGAACACGCUGGCCUCGCUGGGCUACGCCGUGGUGGUCAUCGAUGGCCGAGGCUCCUGCCAGCGUGGCCUGCGCUUCGAGGGUGCCCUCAAGAACCAGAUGGGCCAGGUAGAGAUUGAGGACCAGGUGGAGGGGCUGCACUUCGUGGCACGGAAGUUUGGCUUCAUUGACCUGGGCCGCGUGGCCAUCCACGGCUGGUCCUACGGUGGUUUUCUAUCGCUCAUGGGGCUCAUCCAUAAGCCGCAGGUGUUCAAGGUGGCCAUCGCGGGUGCCCCGGUGACGAUGUGGAUGGCCUACGACACGGGCUACACAGAGCGCUACAUGGAUGUCCCCGAAAACAACCAGACAGGCUAUAAGGCAGGCUCCGUGGCCCUGCAUGUGGAGAAGCUGCCCAAUGAGCCCAACCGGCUGCUCAUCCUGCACGGCUUCCUGGACGAGAACGUGCACUUUUUCCACACCAACUUCCUAGUGUCCCAGUUGAUCCGAGCGGGGAAGCCAUACCAGCUGCAGAUCUACCCCAACGAGAGGCACAGCAUACGCUGCCCGGAGUCCGGGGAGCAUUACGAAGUGACGCUCCUGCACUUCCUCCAGGAGCACCUCUGAGCACCGCCACCCCCACUGGGGCUCCACCAGAGCACAAGGGGCGCCGUGGCCCCGCACAGCCAACACCGGGAUGGGCCAGACGGGCCAGCCCCGCCACCCCGAUGCCUUUUACGGUUUUU